AUGGUCGAGCAAAAUGAGCACUUGAGGGCAUCUACCCUUGGGGGUCGUAGUCAAGACUUUGAGCACAAAAAGACUGAAGAAUCCUGUAUUGUUCUUAGGCCUAGCACAGACAGCUCGAAAGAUUCCUCAAAAAGCCUCGAAUCUCAUCACCAUCUUGAGGCGGAGAGCGCCAGUAGACCGGGUCCAGAAGAACCACUUCAAAGCCGAGGCCUCAAUGGUUGGAUUGCAGAGUUCCAUCUCUCUCAUAAUGUCUACCCGAAGUGA